GCCUUCUCUGCUUCCGCUACGCCGCUACUCGCGCCAAGCCCUGCGGCUCCCACUUGGCGCGCACCCGCGGCCAAAAUCCCGCCCUGAGGCACGCCUCGCCCAUCCAAUCAAUCCCUCUCCUCCCAUUGGCUACUAAGUGAGCACAUUUGCGAGAGAUAGAUACACCUUCAGGCUCAACCGCCGCGCACGAAGACGUAAGGGUAGCGUAGCCAAGGGACGGCGCCAUGGCCGCCGGUCCCACGAAGGUAGGUUGUGGUCAGGGGAGCGGGUUUAUUGUCUCACCUUUUCCUUUUCUCCUUCUCUCUCAUUAUAUUCUGCUCGUACGGUUAUUAGACUUUUCUGCACCCCUUCCUGCAUAAACAGGUUGAGCACGUUUUGGAGCGAAUCUUGCUCACGGCGGCUUUAUAAGGAACGGUGGACUCUUGGAAAGCUGGUGGUUACUGGAUCGGAUGGUUGUUUGAAUAACUCAGACGAAGCAGCAAAGUCGCAGCAGGAAUCGAUAGACCGAAUCUUCCAAUUCAACCCACAGGAAAUCAGCGACAAUGGCGGACAACCCCUUCGCUACCAGCACCCCCACCUCCGGCGACGACAUGUCCGGCAUGGACAUGUCCCACGGCUCCUCCCACGGCUCCUCCCACGGCUCCUCCUCCGGCAUGUCCAUGGUCAUGACCUUCCAAAACAACCCCUCUACACCCCUCUUCAGCACUGCCUGGACUCCCACAGGCACCGGCUCUUACGCAGGGACCUGCAUCUUCCUCAUCGUUUUCGCGGUCCUCUUCCGGGUCCUGUUGGCGCUCAAGGCACGCCAGGAGGCGCGCUGGCUCGAUUGUGAGAUGCACCGCCGCUAUGUCGCUGUUGCGGGGAAGCCGGGUCUGAGGGAGAGGGUUGCGCUGCAUAAGGAUGCGAAGGCUGUGGUGCUUAGUGAGAAUGGGGUGGAAGAGGAGGUGGUGGUCGUGCAGCGGAAGGGGGAGAUGACAAGUCCGUGGAGAGUUAGCGUUGAUCCGUUGAGGGCGGUGGUAGAUACGGUUAUUGCCGGCAUGGGAUACUUGCUAAUGUUGGCGGUUAUGACGAUGAACGUGGGAUAUUUCCUCUCCGUCCUCGCCGGCGUUUUCCUAGGUAGCUUGGCGAUAGGGCGGUACACCACGAGCUACGAGGGCCAUUGAUUGGAGGCUGAAAACGGGCUGCUUGGUCGUUACGAUACAGACAAUCGGGUCGGCGGCGUUAAUGGGAUAGGAUACACACGGCCUGGCCAGGUAUGGCAUGUAUGGGCUGUUAUACGAGAUAUGAUAUAUAAGAAUACCACCUGUUCCGGAUAGAAAUCCAUUAAUAUAUUUUCCAUCAGCGAAAAUUCGGUUGGUGGCUAACAUGCAGCUUCCUAAUGGGCGAGAGAGACGUCCAAUGCCGCUGCAGCUUGCCGCAUUUGUCUCCUGGUUAUCCUGGUAGAAAGUUUGUGCCUCGAAAUCCUACGCGCGUCGCUGCGGUAUUGCUCUUAGUAGUUUAGGUUGCUGAUGUGAGGAAUUCCCUCGAACUCCUGUCGCAGUUACUCGCGGCGACUGUACGCGUAUUGGCGGAGGAAAGGCGCAUGUGGACGUAGCUGUGUUCGUCAUCAACG